UUGAUUCUAGACCGAACCUUAGUGUCAAAACAAUCAAGUGUACCCGACAAUUUUACUAUGAGAAUCUAGGGGAUCCACCGCAUUUAGAUUCUAGAUCCAACGGUAGUGUCGACACAAUUAGUUCCCCCUCAAACAUAGCUACCCUUUACUGGAAGGCGCUCAGUCUUGUGGGCGUAACGUUACCAGCAAAUUUUCUGGUUAUUUGCAGUACCAUUACUGUGGGUGACAUCCGUUACCCCUGAAAUCUACCCCAACAAUGGCUGCCUCAGCUAAUUGCAUAGAUGUAUUUUGGCACGAUGGAAUGAUGAGCCACGACACUGGAAAAGGCGUAUUCGACACUGGAAUGGACCCUGGUUUUCUUGACGUUUUAGAAAAACACCCGGAGAACUCGGACAGAGUCAAGAACAUGUUGUCUAUUCUCCAAAGAGGACCCAUAUCUCCUUUCAUCUCUUGGCACUCUGGACGACCUGCUCUCUCCUCUGAAUUGCUUUCUUUUCACACCCAGGAAUACAUAGAUGAACUAAUUGAGGCAGAUAAAGCUGGUGGGAAGGCGGUCUGUACUGGAACUUUCCUGAACCCUGGCUCAUGGGAUGCUGCCCUUCUUGCUGCAGGUACUACGUUAUCAGCAAUGAAGCAUAUCCUUGAUGGGCAUGGAAAAAUUGCUUAUGCAUUGGUGAGGCCUCCCGGCCAUCAUGCUCAGCCUACUCAAGCUGAUGGAUACUGCUUUCUCAAUAAUGCUGGUUUAGCAGUACAGUUGGCUUUAGAUUCUGGGUGUGCAAAAGUGGUUGUUAUAGACAUUGAUGUUCAUUAUGGAAAUGGGACGGCUGAGGGGUUUUAUCAAUCUAAUGAAGUUCUUACAAUCUCCCUUCAUAUGAAUCAUGGCUCUUGGGGUCCUUCUCAUCCACAGAAUGGAUCUAUUGAUGAGCUUGGUGAAGGUGAAGGGUUUGGCUAUAAUUUAAAUAUACCUCUACCGAAUGGGACAGGGGACAGGGGAUAUGCAUAUGCCAUGACCGAGUUAGUUGUCCCAGCUAUUCAGAAGUUUGAGCCUGAUAUGCUAGUUUUGGUUGUUGGCCAGGAUUCAAGUGCUUUUGAUCCAAAUGGAAGGCAAUGCUUGACAAUGGAUGGUUAUAGAGAGAUUGGAAAGAUAGUUCAUAACCUAGCAACUAGGCACAGUGGUGGUCGGCUCCUUAUUGUGCAAGAAGGUGGAUAUCAUGUUACUUACUCAGCCUAUUGUCUUCAUGCAACACUUGAAGGUGUGCUUGACCUUCCACUUCCUCUGUUGCCUGAUCCCAUUGCAUAUUACCCUGAGGAUGAAGCUUUUUCUGUAAAAGUUAUCGAAUCCAUUAAACAGUACCAAAAAGAUGUCAUACCAUUUUUGAAGGGAACUUGAUUGGAGGAAAUUUCUGCAGCUCAUUGGAAGUUUGUAAUUUUCUAUUGAUGAAUAGGUUAAUACUUCUUACAAUAGACAAUUGAUUUAAAAUUGAUAGGGAAUGUUACUUUACUGCUUUGUUUUCUUGUUUUUGCGGAAGUUGCUAGAAAAGCUUAUUUAUGGAAGUUGAUGUUGGACAAAUUUGCUAAGAGAUCUUGAAUCAUAAAUUCUUGUAGAAAUCUUACUUUA